AUGGAUUUUAAAUAAGAAACAUCAUUACGUCCCAACACUUUUUCUUAUGAAUUACUCUAAAAUAUUCGGUACUAUUAAGACCUAAAUUGCUUUGCUUUAGCAAUAAAUAAAACUAAUAAUAUUUUAGUGGCUGGGUAAUAAAAUAACAUAAAAGUAUUACAAUUCAAAAAUGGAUUGAAAUUAUUAAACAUAAUUUAAAAGCAUUAAAAGUAGGUAGUUACACUAAAUACCUUUCAAAGUAGAUCUCACUUUAUUUCUGGUUCAAAUGAUUCGUCAAUCAUAAUAUGGUCCUUUAAUAUGAUUGCUAACCCUAAAUAUUUGACUAAAUUAAGGGGUCACUAGGAUUGGAUAACAUGUUUGGUAAUACAUCCGAAAAAUGAAAAUUUGAUAAUUAGCGGAUCAUAUGAUAAGAAAAUAAAAUUUUGGUAGCAAUCUUCUUAUUUCUAAUCGUAAUCUAGCAAUACCUCCUUCAAAUAAUCUUGGAUUUGCUCGUAAACUAUCACAGAACAUAAAAAAUAGAUUGAAGGUUUAUCAAUAAAUAAAGAGGGCAAUAAAUUAAUAACAUGUGGAGCUGACUAUUUAAUAUUAAUAUUAGAGGAGCUUGAAAAUUAAUGGUAGAUUAAGUAAAGUAUAAAAGUCAAAGAAUUUGGAUAUCGAAUAUCCUUUAUAAAUAAUAAAUUAUUUGCCUUUUAACCUAGAAAUAACUAUCUGUGUUUGUUUACUUUAAAUUUAAAUACAGGAUUAUUCUAGAAAUAUAAAGAUAUAUAAGUUUAGGGAGGCGAGAAAAAUUGUAAUGGUCUAUUUCCAUUAAUUUAUCUACAAGAAAAAUAAAUUUUGAUUUCAAAAAAUGGAUUAAAUGUAAAUAUAAUUAAAUUCACAUUUAAUAAUUCAAGCGAUUUUUAUUGUAACUUAGAACAGGUCAUUGAUUUUAAAUUUUUAAAAUCCUGGGAUGGAUUAAUAUAUGGUACUGCAAGUCUUAAUGGUGAAUAUUUGAUAACAUGGGAUUAAAUAUCGAAAGAAAUCUAAAUUAGAUAAUUAAAAAUUUUUAAGUGA